UUUGUUUUAUUUAACUAUUUUUUGCAAAUAUUAUUUGUAACGACACCUUAUCGAUCACCAUUAACUUUUAAGUCAAAAUAAAAAAUUAUUUUUUUCUUUUUAAAAACUCUCAAUAAUAAAUUUUUAAAUGAUUAAAUUAAGCAACUAAUUUUUCAACCGAAUCCACUAACAACCGGUCAAACAUUUUUACUCCCACCUCUUUCUUCCCUCGACCUACAAAAUUUGUUACUUAUAUACUCUACUCCACAUUUGAGCCCUCUGAAACCUCUUUUCUCUUUGAUGUUUGAUCUCUUCUUUCUUUCUUUUUCAUAUCAUCUUUCCAAACCCUGAUUUGCGAGGAAGAAUCAGAAGGGAGAACAUCUCUUUUCGAAUUUCUCUUUUCUGUAGGCAUUUCCCAAAUCUUCUUGUUCAAGUCAAAGACGAUCAUUUUGAUGAUAUUCUUGCACUUAAUUUGCAAGUUAUGACACUUCAAUAGCAGAUAAAUGAAUAUGGGAUGUUGGGGCUGCUUUGGGUUCUCGAGAAGGAGUAAAGAAAUUGCAAGGCCGAACGUUCAAAUUGGCAGCUUGACAAGUGUUCUUUCUCAAAAGCCUUUGUUAGAAGAUGGAGAUGGUGAUAUUGAUGGUGAAGAUGACGGUAUUGAUGAUCGUUUGUAUGAUGGGGAAGAUACUAAUAUGACUCAAGGGUAUUAUGAAAGUGAGAUGUGUAGUGGCGCAACUUGGUCCGAAGAAAUUAUCAAUUAUAAGAUAAGGAAUGGGUUCAUAUGUAGGGAAUUCCAGGUCAAGGAAACUCGUAAACUUGUUCGUUCCGAGGAUGAAUAUGGAAAUAAGAUGAUUAAUGAGUAUAUCCGUGAAUUGAAGAUUGGGUCUGGGAGUUAUGCAAAAGUGGUUCUUUAUCGAAACAAAGAUGAAAAACAUUACGCAAUAAAGGUUUUUCACAAGUCCCAUUUGUUAAAGCAACGAGUAGCACCUUCAGAAAAUGCUAUGACAGAUGUUCUUCGGGAGGUGCUAAUUAUGAAAAUUGUCAGCCAUCCCAACAUAGUCAAUCUUAUUGAGGUGAUUGAUGACCCAGACACAGAUUACUUUUAUAUGGUUCUUGAGUAUGUGGAGGGCAAAUGGGAUUGUGAAGGUUCUGGACCGCCAGGCGGCUUAGGGGAAGGAUGUGCGAGAAAAUUCUUACGAGACAUUGUUUCUGGACUAAUGUAUCUUCAUUCACAUAAUAUAGUGCAUAUGGAUAUAAAGCCUCAAAAUCUUUUGGUUACGCGCAGUGGCACUGUAAAAAUUGCCGACUUCAGUGUCAGCCAAGUAUUUGAGGGUGAUAAUGAUGAGCUACGCCGAUCUCCCGGGACACCUGUUAUAACUGCACCUGAAUGCUGCCUGGGUCUUACUUAUCGUGGAAAAGCUGCCGACACAUGGGCUGUAGGAAUCACCUUGUACUGUAUGAUAAUGGGCAAGUUUCCGUUUAUUGGCGAGACACUACAGGAGACCUAUGACAAGAUUGUUAAUGAUCCCAUCAAUCUCCCUGAUGAUCUUAAUCCACAACUCAGCGAUAUCUUAGAAGGCCUAUUAUGCAAAGAUCCUAAUCAAAGGUUGACAUUAGCUAUGGUUGCUGAGCAUCCAUGGGUUAUCGGGGAAGACGGACCGCUGCCUGAAUUUUCGUGCUGGUGCAAGCGCACCAACGUGCAGCCGAAUUCGCAUCAUGAGGAUGCUGAAGUACCUUCACAAAGCUUGCAGGAAACAUAGAGAUAGGAAUUGUAACGAUUCGACUAACCCAAUUUGGAUUGUAGUUUUGUGCCAUUUUACUCAUAUGUUCUUGUGAGAUUUUGUUUUUCUUUGGUGAUGUAUAUUGUACAGUACUACACCAGCACAAAAGAUUGUUUAGGGGGCAUUUUAGUGCAAACAAAAGAUGUUUGAACAUUGAUGAUACCAUAGAGAUUAUUUAGGGAAACUCAUUAGAAUGAGAGCUUUAACAUUGUGCAUUUUAUGAAAAUUAAAACUAAAAUAGUCACAUUACCAUCGUUUAAUACACUAUUAACUAAAUGCUCAUUUUAUAUGUCAUAUUUUUAUAAUACCUAUUGUAUCUUAGUGGUAUUUGUGUUAUAUUUUUAUUUCAUCAUAGACUAAA